CCUGCCCCUGCCCACACCCGAACCUGCCCUUCCGCUUUGCUUCCCCCCAGCGCGCACGGUCCCCAAACUGCAUACAACUGCUGGGGGCCCCAACUCGGCAGGCGAAGUGGACAUGAGGUUGGCAGAUGGAAGAUGUUGAAAAUGCAGGGAAAACAGCAAGAGAGAGAGAAUGAUCAAUAUUAAAACGAGAAAUCUGAGAAGGGAGGAGAGCAUGGGAUCCAGCUCACAGCGAGUGAAGGGGCUCAUCUUACAAGGUGUAGGGGCACCUCCUCCAUCCUAACAGUAGAAAAGAAGGCCCCCUCCGGAUCGUGGCCCUCAUCGUCACCGCUGGCCUCACCUGGAUCGUGGUCAGCAUCCUCCUGGGUGGGCCUGGCAGUGGCUUUCCUCGCAUCCAGCAACUCUUCACCAGCCCUGAGAACACAGCGACUGCAGAGCCACGGGCCAAGAAGUUCAAGUGUGGCCUGCCCCAGCCAUGUCCAGAGGAGCACCUGGCCUUCCGCAUGGUCAGCGGGGCUGCCAACGUCAUCGGGCCCAAGAUCUGCCUUGAGGACAAGAUGCUCAUGAGCAGCGUCAAGGACAACGUGGGGCGCGGGCUGAACAUCGCCCUGGUCAAUGGAGUCAGUGGUGAGCUCAUCCAGGCCAAGGCCUUCGACAUGUGGGCGGGAGACGUCAACGAUCUGCUGAAGUUUAUCCGGCCGCUGCACGAAGGCACCUUGGUGUUCGUGGCCUCCUACGACGACCCAGCCACCAAGAUGAAUGACGAGACCAGGAAGCUGUUCAGCGAGCUGGGCAGCCAGAACGCCAAGGAGCUGGCCUUCCGGGACAGCUGGGUGUUUGUGGGGGCCAAGGGCGUGCGGAACAAGAGCCCCUUUGAGCAGAUGCCGUCCUCCCUGCACCAUGGCCCCCAGGCUCCCUGCCUGCCCUCCCCCGGCCAGCCCCAGCUGCCCUCUGUGCCAGGGGCUGGACUGGAGGUGAGAGGCCCCGGCAUGGCCCUCGCCAGGAGCACACACAGCCUGAAGGUGCCCUGCUCCCCACGGCAUGCCCCCACAGUGCCGGGGGUGUCUGGAGGCUCUGGCUGCCAAAAGGGCAGAAACAGUUCCUCUGUCCUUGCAACUCCCUGUGGACCUGGUGAAGGAGGACACAAACACAUCCCCCUUCCCUGCCCUCUCCUGUCCUCCCCUUCCUGGUGCAUGCCAAGCCAGCGUAAGUGGAAAUAAGUCGAUCCCCCAAAACACCUGUGCCGGCCGUGGGGGUGGAGGGUGCCCUCAGAUUGCAGCAUCAGCUGAUGCCAGCCCCAUGGAACCUAGAGCCCGUGGCCCUGGCUCGCCUCUGCACUCCAUCCCUGGGCCAGGCCCCGUGCUGUGACUUCCUGUCCCCCUCCUCCUCUCCCCAAACAGCACGUGAAGAACAGUAAGCACACAAAUAAGUACGAAGGCUGGCCCGAGGCGCUGGAGAUGGAGGGCUGCAUCCCGCGGAGAACCAUGGCCAGCUAGUGGGCGGCCGUGCCCAAGGACCAGGAGCAGGGGGCUGUGUGGGGCACCGGCCCCGGAGAGGAAGGCCAAGCGGCACAGGGCAGCGGUCUCGGCCCCCACGCCAGGCCCACGCCCCCUCCCGGGCAUGUCGCCCUCUUGCCAGACACACUGGAGCUCCGAGGUGGACAGGAGCAUGGCCUUGAGGUGGUGGGGACUACAGGGCUGGCCCCGGCGCACAUUGUCCUGGGACCCCAAGUACCCAUCUCCUUCUCUGCCCAAAGCUGCUUCCCAGGGUCAGGCCCCGCCUGCCCCUUCCUGCUCUCUGCUGCCCAGGCCACCUCCUUCCGGAAUGCCCAGUGUCCCUGGCUGGGAGCAUCCUCAGGGCUCGCCCCUCCCGUCGUGCCGGGAGGGUGGUGCUGCUUCACCUGCCCGCUGGUCGCCAGCCACUCGCUGCCCUGUGGGGUAGCUGUGCUCCCGUGGGCCUGCUUCUGGGGAGCCGAGCCUGGCAGCUGCUGCCACGGGGCCAGGCUGGUGGGGGGGGGCAGCGAGGUACCUGGGGCCUGAUCACAGUCCCCUAGCAGGGCAUGUGACAUCUCCUGCAGUCUGUCAGGGGCCCACUUUCUAGAUGCCCUUUUAAUAAAUCAGUGGCCCCAAAUGGAACAACACUCA